CAGCCGGGCUUUUGUUCAUCGCAUUUGAUGUGUCGAUACCUGCCGCGGGGGAUUAGCGGCUAGUCAGCCAGUCGAGGACGAGGAGCCUCACUCACCGGCAGGUGAUGCAGCCUUUGCGUGAUCUGGAAGUUCCGGCCCUCCGCCGUCGAUGGAAGAGACUUUGCGCAUCUGCAUCCAUCAUGGUUCAGAGGGGGCAAAGGGAUGGGUGGAGACUGAAAACUAGAGAGAGAAGCUCGGACGGGGAAGCUCGGAUGGGAUCUUAUAUCGGAAGGCGAGUGACGACGGGGCUUGUCUCUCCGCAUGCGUCACGUGGAAAGCACGCUCGCUUACAGGUCUACUACACAGUAUCUACUGGGCAGUGCACGAACUACGCAUCUUCUUGGCCAAGUUCCUAUCCCCUUGCGGCUAGUGGGUGGGCGAUCGACGCGUGGGUGCGCCCCACCAGCCCACGGGUCUUGCCGUCAAGGACGGAAUCUAGAUACAAGAUGCCGAUGCCUAGGCUUGGAGCCUUGGAUACCCUCAUCAUGAGGACCCUGAUGCCAAGCCAGAAUUAUCUCGUCGUGAGGUAAUGGCAGGAAUGUCUUUCCUUUUCUCGGCAAGAUAGAAUUUUCACCUCCCAUCCCCACCACAGCCCUUCCUUCCCCCGUGUCUCUUCCGCCGCUUCG